CCUCUCCAACCCUCCCUGUUCUGGUACUACCUGCUGGAGCUCUCCUUCUACUGGUCACUGGUCUUCACCCUGCCCUUUGAUGUGAAGAGGAAGGACUUCAAGGAGCAGAUAGUCCAUCAUGCUGCAACCAUAUUCCUGAUCAGUUUCUCAUACUGUGCCAAUUACAUCCGCAUUGGGACACUGGUGAUGGUGAUUCAUGAUGCUUCUGAUUGCUUCCUAGAGCCAACUAAGAUAUUCAAUUACAUGAAGUGGAAAAAAACUUGUGACAGCCUUUUUAUGAUCUUCUCAGCUGUUUUCCUCGUCAGCCGCCUGGUCAUUUUCCCCUACACAGUGCUCUAUAACACCUACUAUUACUCCAUGGAGAUAUUCCAACCCUUCUUUGGAUACUACUUCAUGAAUGCUCUCCUGAUAAUUCUGCAGCUGCUCCAUGUCUUCUGGUCCUGCCUAAUUAUUCACAUGGUCUACAAGUUCAUCCUCCAGGGCACGAUGGAAAAGGACAUGAGAAGUGACACAGAAGAAAGUGACAAGGAUGAAGAAAGAGAAAAGAUUAGGGAAAAGGAGAAAAACGGGAUCACAUAUUUCAGCAACAUCACAAGCAACAAUUACAUCCGGAGGAAUGGGUCUGAGCCACUGAACAACAGAACCCACCUCACCAAUGGCCAUGUCAAGGAAAGAUAGCUACGGUUCACGUGCUUCUGAUCUGGUCUUUAGUGAAUUCAGUCCACUGUCUUUAGAAACAGGUUUGCUCAUUGUGUAGAUAAAUUGGAGUGUAAUUGCAGUAUCAUAGCUGAAUUCCUGCUUCCCCUAAACAGAAUUGUUUAUAGUCAG